CCGACCACAGGCGAUCGGAGGCAGUCAGGGUGUCACCGUCGGACGAGGAUCGCUCGAGAGUUAGGGUCAGGAUGGCACAGAUGCGGCUGUUGGUGAAGGGCGCGGCGCAGGUGGUACGCGUGGCAGCCGCAGGAGAGAAGGUCAAGUUAAAGGACGCCAUGAGCGAUCUGGCCAUCGUCAACGCCACGCAGAGGGAGGGCGUCUCCAUCGCCGUCAACCGUGAUGGAACGAUCGCUGCGGUAGGCCUGGACUCUGAGGUGGCAGGCAUGUUCCCGGGGGCGUCGUGGGAGACCGUGAUCGAUGCUCAUGGGCGCUCAGUGGUACCCGGCCUCGUCGACGCCCACACUCACCCGGUCUGGGCAGGAGACCGCGUCCAUGAGUUUGCUAUGAAGCUUGCGGGCGCGAGCUACAUGGAGGUGCACGCAGCGGGCGGAGGCAUCAACUUCACGGUGGAGCACACCCGCGCCGCCUCCGAGCAGGAGCUGCUCGAUCUCCUCCUGCCGCGCCUCCGACGCAUGUCAAGCGCAGCUGCCCUCUGUGGGGCCGACCUGGUCAAGGCCGUUCAAAUUGCUCUACACAGUCACGUACGUGUGCCAAUUGUGGUGGCUCCCAUAGUGCCUUUCAUAGGAGCGGACUUCCCUGCAAAUUCAAGUCUCAAGGAGCAGUUUUCAGAUUCAAAUUAG